GGCUGCUCUCACAGUGCAGAGCAACACAGGUGUGACUGUAUCUGAGUGAGGACAUUUUCUACUGGUUAAUCAUCAGCUUGGUUCAGACAUUAAUUUCAGUCUUUUAUGUGAGACAGUUGACUGUUGCUUGGCUCUCUGCCUUAAUCUUCUUGUGCAUCUUUGGCAGCUGCAUUUUAGGAGAACUUUUGGACCUUUCGACUUGAUCGGUUACAGAGCAGUACAUUUUAAGAGUCAGAGAAAUGAAUUUUGAUGAAAUUCUCUGUCUUAUCGGAGGCUUUGGGAAGUUCCAGAAGAUCUUGUAUGUGUGGAUCUGCCUACCUCAGAUCUUUCUUGCGUUCCACAUGCUGGUCUCGGUCUUCACUGGGGCUGUUCCUCCUCAUUUCUGCCGCUCCACGUGGCCCUCAGCAGGUACCCCGGUGUCUUCAAACUUCAGCCUUCUGACCACCCCUGAUGGUCAGCCUGAGCUGUCCUGCAUGUUCUCCUUUAACCACAGUGGUAGUGUAUCUCUUGAUGGUGGAAACCCUAUUGGGAGCUGCCCAGGGGGCUGGGAGUACAGCAACAAGACCUUCCAAAGCACCAUAGUAACUGAGUGGGACCUGGUUUGUGACAGUGCCAAUCUGAACAAUGUGGGCUCCUCCAUUUACAUGUUUGGCCUCCUUAUUGGAGCUGUGGUGUUUGGGAGCCUGGCUGAUAGGUAUGGUCGCAGGAUCAUCAUCCUCAUCAGCCUGGCUAUCCAGACAGUAUUUGGGGUUGGAGCUGCUUUCGCCCCUAAUUUUUACAUCUACACUGCCCUUCGCUUUAUGGUUGGGACAUCCGUCUCUGGUGUUAUAAUGAAUGUGUUUGUCCUAGGAACAGAAUGGACAGGAUCUAAGCAGCGGAUGUUAGCUGGUAUAAUCACUGACUACUUCUUUGGUUUUGGCUACAUUCUGCUGGCUGGAGUGGCGUACCUCAUAAGAGACUGGCGUAAACUGCAGCUGGCUAUUUCAGUACCUGGCUUCCUCUUCAUCUUCUACAUCUGGGUGUUGCCAAAGUCAGCUCGCUGGUUAAUGACCAAUGACAGAAAAGAGGAGGCAUGGGAGCUGAUCCAGAAAGCAGCUCAGAUGAACAGGAAGCCCCUCACCAAAGAUCUGGAGAUGUGUCAGGUCUAUAAAAUUAAGGAGAAAACAGAGGUGAAGAAAAAACACUCAUUCGUAGACCUUGUUCGAACCCCAAAGAUGAGGAAGCAGUCUUUGAUUGUUUUUUAUCUCUGGUUUGUCAAUGUGCUUGUGUACUACGGCCUGUCCCUCAACAUUUCCGACUUUGGAAUGAACAUCUAUCUGACCCAGAUGAUCUUUGGCCUGGUAGAGAUGCCUGCACGCACCAUCACCCUUUUCACCCUUAAUCGCUCACGCAAGAUCUCCCAGCUCGCUUUCCUAGCUGUGGGUGGCACAGCCUGUCUGCUUACCAUCUUCAUUCCUAGUGACCUAUCUGUCAUCAAAACAGUCCUGGCCAUGAUUGGGAAGUUUGGAAUCACAGCUUCUCUGUCCAUUAUUUAUGUCUACUCAGCUGAGGUGUUCCCCACUGUCAUCAGACAAAAUGGGAUCGGUAUAGGCUCCAUGUGUGCUCGGAUUGGAGGAGUUCUGGCUCCCAUGCUGUAUCUGCUGAGGAGCAUCAGUCCUCAGGCUCCCAUGGUCCUGUGUGGACUCUGCCCCCUGCUGGGCUCUGCCCUCACCCUGCUGCUGCCUGAGACAGCCAAUAAGCCCCUGCCAGACACUAUUGAAGACAUAGAAGCAACCAACCUCAGUGAGGAGGAUGACAGCGUGAAGCCAGUCAUCUUUGACACAUCUCUGAGGAACACAAACGUAGGCAGCACCAGGACGGACUGACAAACAACAGCAACACCAGUGUGAGCUGUCACAUCUCAUGCAGCAGUCAGUAUUUUUCAGGACUAUACAAAGACAAAAGUCUAUGCUUCCAGUGGAAGUCAAGAUUUGUUUUUGUGUGUGUGUCUUUGCAGGAUAUCCAGACUCUGAAUACAAAUACAAAAGUUUGAGUGCAAGGUUUUUUUUUACUCUUUUUCACUUGUUUAUGUAGAAGUUUUUUUUUUCAUUGUUUCACCUGCCUUUUUUUUUUUUUUUUUUUUUUUUUUUUUUUGUUUGUUUGUUUUUUGGAUGGUAUGGAAUAAAUGGUAGAAAAUUAUUCACUUUGAAUGUUAUGUAAUGUUAAGAAUGAGACAUGAUCCAUAUAUUAGGAUGUAGAAUAUUGCAGAUGACAAGAUGCAGCUUGCUCAUUGCAAACCCAUGCCACAGUUGAACAAAGUGACUUUUUAAAUCCAUAUGGAGGUAAAAUAUCCACAGAGAGCCAGUAACUAGGAGCUGAUGACACUGGUCCCAUGCUCGUCCUCUUUCAGCUGCCAUAGCACCUAUUUCUGAAUUUCAGGUGCAUGAUGCCAUCCAGCAAGGCACUGUGUCGGCCAAUCACAUACAUGCAAACUGGUUCCUCCAGUUGGCUCAGUGUCUGAUCAGUGUGGUACAUGAAACAACACACCUCAACCAGUGAAGCCUUUUGUG